GCUAUGAAUCGGAAACGAGAUUGUGAUUUUCCCGCCCAAUUUUCAAUCGCAGACGAGUUUACCAUCGUGAUAACUUGAGUGUUUGCAAAGUUAGACACACGGUCUGAGUGGAAAUGAAAACGUAUGGCCUCCCAAUCUGACGGCCAGUUUACUUGCACCCAUUGGUCGAAAGAAAUGAAGACAUACAUUUGAGGAAUCAAUUCGAAUCGUUUUUACGUAAUAAAAGGUCUCACCCGGACACCAUCAGUAUGUGCAGGGGGGAACCGAAAAGGAAAGAACGGAUACUUAGGUUAAGAAUUGGAACAGAACUACCCCCGGGGUUCCGAUGACAAAAACAGAUAAUGACAAUUAGCAAUCAGACAGUCGAACUGCAAAGCAAUUAAAUGUGUGCCUACAAAUAUUAAAUCAAAUCCAAGAACAUGCACAUACUUGGAUCGUACGGAAGAAGAAAGAUCUAAAAAAUCACAAAUUGUUUUUGAAACCGAAGCAGGUUUACAAUCUUAUCCAAAGUGGAUAGGACGACAGACAGAUAGUUACUAAAUGGAACGAUAGAAUUAUUACUUUACUUGUUAAGUUUUCGUUUUUAGUUAAAUUUUAUUUGGAUUAAUCUAUAUCAUUAGUUAUAUACUUUUAUAUUUUGUUAUUCGCCGUUAUCGUUAUGGAUUUUUCACUUUGUUUAUUGUUGACUGUUGCUGUUAGUCAGCUUGGAGGAACCACUGGCCAGUUGGAAGGAUCUGUGGCAGUAUGUGACUUUCCCGAUGGUGUUGAGGUGGACAUCCCACUUAUCUCUGACGACCCCUGUAUUACCUGCAGAUGUUACAAUGGCGAGGUCACUUGCGAGAGGGAAACGUGCAGUAAGGAGGGAUGUCACGUCAUUCUUUUCGACAAACCAAAGGACUCGUGUUGUGACGUUUGCAAAGGGUGUUUUCACGAUGGGAAAGUGUAUGCCAGCGGUAAAGAAUGGACUGACCCCAAGAACCCUUGCAAGACAUUCAAAUGCCAGGGUGGCGUUGUGACUGAGGCAAAGGAGCAGUGUUUUUCUCCAUGCGCCAACCCAUUGUAUGUCCCUGGUCAGUGCUGUCCCAUCUGCACAGAAACCUGUAGUUACAAUGGUCAGGACUACGAAAACGGAGAGACAUUCUAUCCAUUGGAAGAUACAUGUGUGGAGUGUAAAUGUACCGAUGGUCAAGUCCAGUGUAGUAAAAAGGCAUGCCCUGUGCUGAACUGCGCAGAAAAAUUCAUAUACCAACCUAAUGGGACCUGCUGCCCAGUUUGUAAAGGCUCAAGGAUGAUAUUUGACAUUCCCGGCAGAUGUUUCUUCAGGAAUAAGGUGUACAAAAACAACCAAAAAAUAACCAUGGAUACAUGCACCCAAUGUACAUGCGUCAAAGGGACGAUGGUAUGUGAGAGAGACAACUGCCCAAUCUUAGACUGUCCACAGAGUGACAUUGUUCAACAAGACGGAAAGUGCUGCCCAGUGUGUAAAGAAAAACCUAAACAGGGAUGCGAGUUUGAUGGGAAACCAUAUGAGCACGGAGAGGUUUGGAAGAAGGACAUUUGUUCCUCAUGUGUGUGUGAUGAGGGGGAAGUCAGAUGCCAGGUCCAGCAAUGUAGCAAUGUAUUAUCGUGCCCAAGGAACUACAAGCUCGAACUUCUUCCCAAUGAAUGUUGUCCCAGAUGUGUAGAAAAGGACGCAGUGUGUGCUGUAUUUGGUGACCCACACUACCGCACAUUCGACGGCAAAAUUUACAACUUCCAAGGUCAAUGUUCCUACAUACUAACCCAAGAUUGUCACGGGCAAGACUUCUAUAUUCGUGUACGAAACGAUGGCAGAAAGACGAGCUCAUUUGCGUGGACUCACACAAUUCAUGUUUUCAUAGAUGGCACUAAAAUCAGUCUUCUACAGGGUCUUGGGGUCAAGGUCAACGGAUCAAGAGUCAAAUUGCCAUAUUACAAAGACAAUGAAUUCCAAGUUGAUAGAGACACUAGUUCUGUAGUUCUACGCACUGUUCUGGGUGUUUCUGUCAUUUGGGACGGAGAUAGUUAUGUGGAAGUUUCAGUGCCAAGGAAAUAUAAAAACAAGCUUUGUGGUUUAUGCGGAAACUACAACGGAUCUCCCCAAGAUGACCUCACUGGACGAGAUGGUAUGCGCUAUACAAGUUCAGCGGCUUUUGGCGCAACUUGGCGAGUAGGAAGUAAAAAGUGCAACAAGAAACCUCCAGCUCCUGAGAUGAUGAGUUGUAAAAACAAGUUCAUAAAGAAACUGAGGGUCCAUAAACAAUGUAACAUUCUAAAAGACGAUAUGUUUGCAGCAUGUGUGGGGAAAGUGGAUGUAAAGUCAUAUUUCAAAUCUUGCACUACUGAUGUCUGUGAUUGCCCCCGUGGAAAGAAGUGCGUGUGCGAGUCAGUCAGGGCCUAUGCCAGAGCUUGUGAGAGGGAAGGGGUAAAUCUCGGAGAUUGGGAGUCAAAGACCAAAUGUGGAGAAGGACAACUGACGUGCCCCAAGGGUGCUGUGUACGACACAUGUGCAGAUCCAUGCCCAAGGACUUGUGCAGAUUGGGACAAACCACGCAAAUGCAGCAAAAUGUGUGCUCCGGGUUGUUCCUGCCCGCAUGGCACUGUCUUACAUAAAAAUAAAUGCAUCAAAGCUUCGAGAUGUUCUAAAAAGAGAAACCAAAUUUGAUCACAACAAACCGUGACACAAGUCCAAUAUUACAAUCAAAAUAUGUUUGUGUCCAUUUAAAGAUGGCGCUGCAGGUAUAUCUAUUACCACGUUUCCUUAUCUAAAGAUGGCGUGAUGGAUGGAAAAACUUGCCAAUGGAAGUAUACGGAUGAGUGAUCAUACUCAAAUAUGUGUUUAUCUUAACAUGUAUGCGAAAAUCGAAAGAGGCAAAUGAUCUGAAUUGAUCUGAACGUUAGAAAUAAUGAGCCUAGCGUGCGGUGCCUGGUUUACAACAUAAACUGGAACUGAAAUGUAGUUGUACGUUAAAAUUUAAAUGUACCGGAAGCACAGGGUUCACAUUAAUUAUAUCAAAUCUGAUGCAUGAAAAUUCAAACUGGAUUUGCAAUUAGCUUUGACAAUUUGGAUGCUUUUGAUUCGUUUGAAUUGUUAUGAAUCAGUAAGGAUUUAUUAAUCAUAUCAUUAUAUGAUAGCAUUUACUACGUUAAUAGUAUUAUUGUUGUUACAAAUAAUUAUUAUUAUUAUAUAUAUAUAUAU